UUCACAAUGGUUAGCAUGCGCGCCGUCCUCGCUUCUGGCCUUCUUGCCACAGUUGCUGCUCUCCCCGGCGGCAAGCCUGUCGACUUCUCGCAAUGGAAGCCCGCGGGCCCCAACGAUGCUCGUGCGCCUUGCCCUGCGCUCAACUCUCUCGCUAACCACGGGUUCCUUCCUCACAACGGCCGUGGCAUCACCCUUCCCAUGCUCCAGAAGGUUCUCUCUGAUGUCCUCAAUGUCGACAACGACCUUUCCAACCUCUUCUUUGGCGGUGCUGUUGGCAUGGGUCUGAGCAAGGAUCUCUUCACCCUCGACCUUGAUGCUCUUAUCAAGCACAACGCCAUUGAGCACGACGGCUCUCUGUCUCGCCAGGACAACUUUGCCGGCAACAACCACUCCUUCAACCAGACCAUCUUCGAUUCCUGGUUGGCCCAGAUUGGUGACACUGACGUCAUCACUACUGCCCUUGCCGGCAAGGCUAGAAUGUACCGUGUCAAGACCGAGCAGGCUCGCGACCCGGAAUUCAAGUACGGCCAGAAGCAGCAGCUCAUCAGCAACGGUGAGAGCGCGCUCAUCAUGGGUAUCUUUGGUGACAUCUACAAGGGUGACGCCAACAAGAGCUGGGUCAAGGUCUUCUUUGAGCAAGAACGUCUUCCUUACAACGAGGGCUGGCGCAGACCCCAGAACGACCUCAACCUUCUCAACACUGCUGGCAUGAUUGCUCAGAUGCUUAUUGCCAGCGGCGAGACUCUUACCGACGUUGCUACCGUCACCGAGUCGACCGUCCGUGACGCCCUUCUCUGGCUCGUCACCCACUGGAACGAGUAA